CUUGAGUAAAUCGCGCUUAAGUUUUAAGGUUUUAGUACUAAAUACUAAAUAUUAUUAGUACUAAAGAAGUGUAAUCAAAUCUAAGCAAGUUAUAAACUGAAUUAACAUAAAAAUACCUACUUGUAUAAUAACGUAUACUAUCAGCAAUUGCAAAUAAUAAUAAAAAAAAAAUACAAAAAUAAAAAUAGUGUAUUUAGGAAUAAACAACUCUAAAAAUACACAUUAAUCUGAUUACUAAUUUGUUUACACGGACCUUAUUAUGGAAAUUCUACAAGCUGACGGUGAGGCUGAUAAAUCCCAAGUGGCAUCUUGGUAUAAAGGAAAAAAUAUUUUUAUAACCGGAGCAACUGGUUUUAUGGGCAAGGUGUUGGUUGAAAAAUUACUAAGAAGUUGUCCCGACAUUAAGAAUUUAUAUUUGCUGAUACGCUCAAAACGUGGCCAAACAGCGGAAGUUCGCAAAGAACAAUAUUUGAAAUGUGUGAUCUUCAACAAAAUCUUGGAGAAUAAUCCGGAUAUAGUGAAGAAAAUUCGAUUGAUUAAAGGUGAUGUUAUGGAAGAGAAACUUGGCAUGAGUGAUGAUGAUAGGGAACACUUAAUUGAAAAUGCAGAUGUAAUUUUCCAUUGUGCCGCCAAUGUACGUUUCGAUCAACCAUUACGGCCCAUGAUACAAAUGAAUGUUUUGGGUACAUUGAAAGUCCUUGAAUUAGCUGGGAAAAUGUUAAAUUUAAAAGUAUUUGUACAUGUCUCAACAUCUUAUUGUCAAUGCAAUGAAAGUAUUCUGGAAGAAAGAGCAUAUCCAGCCCCACAAAAUCCUUAUGAAAUUAUUGAAAUGAUAAAGUCUAUGGACGACAAAGCUUUGGACGAAAUAACCCCUAAACUAUUAAAUGGACUGCCAAAUACUUAUGCUUACAGUAAAGCAUUAACUGAAGAUUUAAUUAGCAGAUAUGAAAUAAAAUUACCGAUUAUAAUUACUAGACCAUCAAUUGUUACCGCUGCAUUAAAAGAACCUCUACCUGGUUGGAUUGAAGGUGUAAAUGGUCCGACCGGUCUUAUGAUAGGUGCGGCACGCGGAGUUAUACGUUCUAUGCAUUGUAAUCCCGAUUACUCUUCAACUGUUAUACCUGUGGAUAAGGCCAUAAAUGGAAUGAUUGUAGCCGCCUAUCAACGGGCACAGUUGCCAUCGAAAAAUGUCGAGUUUUGUAAUUUGUGCAUAAAUAGCAAAGCUCUGUACUCGUGGGGAGAAUGCAUUGAAACGGGAAAGCGUUUCUUCUAUGAAGCUCCAUUGAGUUUUGCUCUCUGGUAUCCUGAUGGUUCCAUAAAAAAGAACUAUUAUCAUCAUAUGUUUUGUGUUAUAUUCUUCCACUAUUUGCCGGCAUACUUUAUUGAUUUCUUAUUGCUUUUAAUUGGACGUAAACGAUUUUUAGUACGUAUACAAAAUAAAAUAUCGACUGGUCUGGAACUGUUACAGUACUAUACCACCAAGGAAUGGGAGUUUAAGAGUGAAAAUUUCCAGCAACUUCAGACGAAACUUAACCCCAUAGAUCAGGAAAUUUUCGACACCGACACAUCGCAGGUAAACUGGGAGGCAUAUAUACGUACCUACAUAAUUGGCAUGCGAACUUAUAUAUUGGGCGAAAGUGAAUCGACUAUACCACAAGCAAAAAAGGUUUUACGUCGUCUAUAUAUCAUGGAUCGUUUUGUAACAUUUGUGUUCUAUGGUUUGAUCUUUUGGUUUCUAUGGACACACUUGGAUGGUUUUAUGGAUAGCAGUGAUAUUCUAAUACAGAAAACAUUGCAAACAAUUUUCAGUUAUAGUAAAAACAAAACAAUCGAAUUAUAAUUUUGAAAAGAAAACAAACAAUUUAUAUUCGUACACUUUUUUCACUUGUCUAGAUAUAAGAUAUACAUAAAUAAAAAAUAAAAAUUGAAUUUCAAAAAUAAAGAAUAAGUAAAACUAAA